CUUGUAGGUGGUUCUUAGCUUAGCUUUUCGCCAUGUCCGGUCGCGGAAAGCAGGGAGGAAAGGCCCGCGCUAAGGCCAAGUCUCGCUCGUCCCGAGCCGGUCUGCAGUUCCCGGUGGGGCGCGUGCACCGCCUGCUCCGCAAGGGCAACUACGCCGAGCGGAUCGGGGCCGGCGCCCCCGUCUACCUGGCCGCCGUGCUCGAGUACCUGACGGCCGAGAUCCUGGAGCUGGCGGGCAACGCGGCCCGCGACAACAAGAAGACCCGCAUCAUCCCCCGCCAUCUGCAGCUGGCCAUCCGCAACGACGAGGAGCUCAACAAGCUGCUGGGCAAGGUGACCAUCGCCCAGGGCGGCGUCCUGCCCAACAUCCAGGCCGUGCUGCUGCCCAAGAAGACCGAGAGCCACCACAAGGCCAAGGGCAAGUAAAUUCGAAGAAAAAAAAAAAAAACCCUACUCACUAACACCAAAGGCUCUUUUCAGGGCCACCCACAAUCCUCAAAGGAAAAGCUGUUGCAUUAUUUCGGGUCUCUUUUUAAUGACCCUAAUGCUUUAGUAAGGGGAAAUGCUUGGAGAACAUUCCGCACACGGUGAUACGCCACAAUGGGAGAACAGGCAAUGCUCCCUAAUGCCUGAACCAACUAAUUAGGCUUCUGUGUCCGAGAAAGGGUCAAAGAAGGUGGUGACAAGCACAGAAGAAAAAUGAAGAGAAAAAUUGUCAGCUACCACCCAGGACUUCAAGACGGACCUGCGCUUCCAGAGGUCAGCCGUCAUGGCCCUGCAGGAGGCAAGUGAGGCCUAACUGCAUAUCUUCAAGGCAACAAGAGGUAGAGGCUUCCAGCAC